UCCUCUUCCUUCCCGUUCGUGGUUGUAUGUCGGCUCUUUAAUAACACAAGAAACCACUACAUCUUUUAGACUCAGAUAAAAACUAAAUGGUGUCCAGAACGUCUUUAGAAUGGGAUCCUUGAAUUUCUUGUUCACGUUCGUUUUACUCAAGUUACUUUUCGGGAUCAAUUGGAAUUAGUGAAUUAAUUUGACAGACUAGUUUUAAACUGUAGUUAUUAAGUCUGCAACGCGUCGAGAAUAGCAAUUUUAUAAAGAACGAAAUGAUAUUACUUAUCAUUAAGCUGUCGCUUUGUGAAACUCAAGGGCGCACCCGAAGCAGGUGGCUCCCGCGCAACACAACUUGUGCUAAGGAGAUUAAUUCCAAAAGACUGGAGGAUCUUAUUCUGCGAUAUGACGGGAAGCUCUUUCUGUGGUAAGUGAGGACCAGUCCAUUUUUGAAUCAUCCUACGGGCCCCCAGCAAUGCACAUGAAAGAGGAGAUGACGUCUUCCAGGGAGUUUAGUCAGACCUCUAAGGAGAGCCCUGAGCCCACAGAGCCAGAGUGGAACCCUGCCAAGACUGAAGCAGAGCACAUGAAUGGCUCCAGCAGAGAGUCCCCUGUAGACUGCAGCCUUACCAAACGAUCCCGGCACAUAAGCGGCAGUGAGGCCGGACAGCUGGCCUACCAGGCCUCAUUUUCUGACACCCGCACCAGUCCCCAGACAACCGCUGCUCAUAACAGCACCACUGAUGAAAAGAGAGUCAUUGUGCCUGCAGACCCUGAGGUGUGGAUGCAGGACCACGUGAGGCAGUGGCUGGAGUGGGCAAUUAAAGAGUACUGCCUAGUGGACGUCGAUGUGUCUCUCUUCCACUCAGUGGAUGGAAAGGCUCUCUGCAAAAUGACCAAAGACGACCUGAUGCACCUCACCUCAGAGUUUAACACCGACAUCCUCCUCUCACACCUCAACUACCUCCGUGAGAGUAGCCCCACCUUCUCCUGUACCACAACACCAACCAACACACAGCAGCAGCCCCGCCUACAGGUCAAAGCAGAGAACAACUUUGAGGAAAUCAGCAGGAGGAACAGCUGGUCAGCCACACCUUUAUCCACUGUACAGAAAGGUUCCCCAAUAGAACACCAGCACAGCAGCAGAGUGACAGAGGCCCCACCUCGACAUGUAACAGAUCCUUACCAAGCACUUGGGCCCAUCAGCAGUCGUUUAUCGAACCCAGAAUCCCCAGCACUCCACUCCAAGAGCCAUCAAGUUAAACAUAAUUCACACAAGCUGUCUGACACUGGCACACACAGGAUUGUGGGUUCUGGGCAAAUCCAGCUAUGGCAGUUCCUUCUGGAGCUUUUGUCAGACAACAACAAUGCAAACAUCAUCACCUGGGAAGGCUCUAAUGGCGAGUUCAAGAUGACAGACCCAGACGAGGUGGCACGGCGCUGGGGUGAGCGCAAGAGCAAGCCCAACAUGAACUAUGACAAGCUGAGCCGUGCCUUGCGCUACUACUAUGACAAGAACAUCAUGACCAAGGUGCACGGCAAGCGAUAUGCUUACAAGUUUGACUUCCACGGCAUUUCUCAGGCACACCACAACCACGCUAAUGAGGGCAGCGUCCUCAAGUACCAGCCGGAAACAGCAUACAUGCAGCCCUACCACAGCCACCAGCCUAAGAUGAACUUCAUGACCUCCCACCCCUCUCCUCUGCCAGUCUCCUCUGGGAACUUUUUUAGCCCCUCCUCCACAUACUGGAACACAGUGUCCAAUCCCAUCUACCCUGCCUCCACAAUGCCCCGACACCCAGGAAGCCAUUCCCACUUGGGGUCAUACUACUGAAGGUACAUAUCCUAGCUGUUCUCAGAGUUCAUUCUCCACCACCCCUGAUGUAUCUCUCACUUCCUUUUCUAGGUGGUGAUAUCAAAUGAUGUGGUGUCAAUAUACAGGUCAAUGUAUUUUUACUGUCCUUGAUGUAGGAGACUAUGGAAAAUGUAGCUAUUGAUGUUUGGUUUCAUAUGUUCACUCCAGGGCAGAAACAGACUCCUAGGCUGCUUUCACUGCAGGGAUUCUUUCAAAAAACCCAUUCUUCAGUGGGUAAAAAUGCUACAUAUUUUGGGGCCUUUCAGAUAAAUAUUUAACUGUGUGCUAUUAUUAUAUAUUUCAAACAAAGCUCGUAUACUUGCUGGCAAUGUUUGAGUUUAGGCCAAAAGCCAUGCUGUGCAUUUCAUAAUCAAGGUGUUUUAAUGGACAUUUCAUGGACCAUAACUGAUGUUUGGUAUCAAGUUUGGAGUGUGGCUGGAAAAAAACACAUGACUAGACUAAGUAAUUGUGUCUUGUGCAGCCUAUUCAAACCAUAUAGUGCCCCUCUGAGCACUGUAAAUCAUAUUACAAAAAAGCACAAUAUGUUAAUGCAGGGGUCUCUACACCCUUGACACAAAAUUAUUUCAAAUGGGGUGGUGAUGGUUAAAUGAAUUCUAAUUUCAAGUACACUCUGCAAAGUGGAUAUACACAGAAUUAACAUAAUUGACCUGAUUUCCAAAAAGUGUUAUGCAAGCUAUAUACAUUGGCUCCUGUGGACAGCUCACAGGUAAUGCAUUAUAUUAUAGGUGCCAUACUGAACAUAAAAGGACAUGGAAAGUCUUCAUUUACUUGAUCAGGCUUGUAGUUUGGUUAAUUUUACAUUAAUAUGCAGUAAUAAAGUUUAACUGUCCAUCAAAGUGAUAUAUUUCAUGACCCUCCACCCCUCAGUAAAAAUUAAAGAAUAAGAUUUUUACUUUGAUAAGGAUGUUCUCACUGUGUGUCAUACUAAACACAAAGAAAAUGUCACAUUCAUUUUUAAUAAAUAUUUUUGCCAUCUGCAAAAUGUCUGAGAGACAGAAGUUCUUAAACAGUUACAAAUGCUUAAUGUUAGGACUCAGUGUGUACAUAUACUUUUGUAGCAUAUUUUCUACAUUAAUGCAUAAUGCUUGUACAUUUUGAAUUCAUUACAUUUUUGUUUCAUUCAGGCUCUACAACUAAUUGUGUAUAUUUAAUAAAAUGUUUAAACAAAA